AGGAAACGCGUGUUCUCCUUCACAUCAUCAUUUACCUGUCAGUAACCUGGAGGUGUUCUGAUCAAAAACAGAGGCAUGGCGGCUUCUAAUUACUCUUUAAAGGUCAACAGAGACCUGCUGGACCCCAGCUUUGAGAGUUACCGGUUGUCUCUGGACGCCAUACCCACGUAUAACGUGGAGCUGGACGCUGCUGUGGAGGAGGUGAAAUUAAAGGAUACUCAGUACACCCUGGAGCACAUGCGUGCUUUCGGCAUGUACAACUACCUGCACUUGGACCCCUGGUAUGAAGACAGUGUUUUAUUUGUGGACUGCAAAGGGCGUGUUCUCAGUCUCACUGUCACUUUGGACACGGCUCUGGGGAAGCCGAGAGAGGUUUUCCGGAUAAACACGGAGUCCGCCCGGUGUGAGGACCGCCUGUGCGCCUCCCUCAGCCUCACCUCUGCGACCUGGGCCGCCCUGUCCGAUGGCAGCGGGAGACUGUACCUGCUGCGCACCGGCAAGCGGGGAGACAGCUCUUUUGCAAAGUGGGAACCUCUGUUCACUGAAGACAUGGAGGAACCGUUCACCAUCCUCCACAGCGCCUCGCAUGUCGAGGCCGGCGUUCACACCAUGGAGGUUCUGCUGCUCCGCGUCCAGAAAGACCCCCAGGAGAGCAAAGGCAGCGGAUACUCCGUGUCUCUGGAGUGGAUCACCGUCUCCAACACUGCAGGACAAGGUCAGGAGAAGAAGUAUGAGGUGAGGAAGAGGAGGGUCCUCAGGGGGAAGACGGUGCCUCACUACGCAGCAGUGGAGCCUCAUGGGAAGGGGCUGAUGGUGGCCUCGGAGAGACCCUUUGUCUUCACGCAUGUGGACGGCUGUCCCGUGGAGCAGCCAGGCCCGGAGCCCAUGGAGGUGGAGAAAGCAGACCCCAUUUACUUUUGGCAGCAGACGGGGGAGGACGUCACGGUGUGCGUGCGCAUGCCCGAAGGCAUCACCAAAGAGGAGGUGCAGUUCAAGCUGACCCCCGACAACGUGAGCAUCGGUGUUCGAGGCUUCGCCGCCCUGCUGCAAGGCCAGCUGUAUGCGGCCGUAGAUCCCGAGGCCAGCGCCUGGAUCAUCAAAAACGACAAGAGCCUGGAGGUGACCCUUCAGAAGCGAACCGAGGGACCCAUGUGGCCGGAGCUGGUGAUGGGCGACAGGAGAGGGGAGUACGUGAUGAGCGAGGAGCAGGCCGCCCUCAUCCACGAGAGACUGACCCACCUGACCUCCGAGGACCUGAAUGGAAACCCAGACAGGGACAAGCCCCCUUGUAACUCCCAGGAGCUGGAGGACUGCGAUGGCUUUCCAGAGGACAGCUCCAGCCUCACACACUUUGAUGAAGAAUCACUCAAGCCCACUCAAGUGGUGAAUCUGGGCAGCCAUCAGUACCUGUUCACAGUCGACGUCGACCCCUCUGCGAUGCCUUGCCUCUGCCUCCGACAUGAUGUGGACGCUCUGGUGUGGCAGCCUCGUCCUGACCAACCUGGCAACAUGUGGGAGCACGUUGCCACAUUUAAUGCUUUGGGUUACGUCCAGGCGUCCAAGCGAGAUAAGAAGUUCGCCACGUGCGCCCCCAACUUCUCCUACGCCUCGCUGUGCGAAUGUCUCCGGCGGGCCUUCAUCUACCGGCAGCCGGCGCCGGUGGAGACCGUCCUCUUCAACAGGAAGCAGGGCCGUCAGGUCGGACAGGUUGCCAAGCAACAGGUGGCGAGCCUGGACUCCGACAAACCCAUCCUGGGCUUCAGGGCGACCAAUGAGAGACUGUACAUUCUGACCUCUGCUAAUCUCUUUGUCCUAAAGGUCAAUAAUAAUUAGAUCUGGGACUCUGUUAGUUUUUACAUUUUCAUCUCAUUGCCCUGGAGGAGUUCGACCAUUCCAAACUGAACGCUUCUUAUCUGAUGUGAAAACUGAACCCUUCUUGUUUUUCACUUGUAGUCUAAUGUGAACACGUGUAUGAUCCAGAAAGGUGAAACUGUAUUCCCGAAGACAUGUAAUGAAAAUAAACCAUU